CAUCAUGUACUUUCAGUUUCCUGUUAACCGAUUUCUUGGCAGACAAGGCUCUUUUUUUUUAUUUAUAGUUAUGAGAGCUCAGAAAAAAAUCUGGAAAACCCCAGGAAGCUGGAAGGACAAAGGUAACACCCUGGACAUGGCCUCAGAGAUCCACAUGCCAGGCCCAGUGUGCCUCAUUGAGAACAUUAAUGGGAAACUGACAGCUAAUCAGACAGCUUUGAAGAUCCUGUCUGCAGUUAAGCAGCCUGUUGUGGUGGUGGCUAUUGUAGGCCUCUACCGCACAGGCAAAUCCUACCUGAUGAACAAGCUGGCAAGGAAGAAUAAAGGCUUCCCCUUGGGCUCCACAGUGCAGUCUAACACUAAGGGAAUUUGGAUGUGGUGUGUGCCUCAUCCCAAUAUGCCAAACCACACCCUAGUUCUACUUGACACUGAGGGACUGGGAGAUGUAGAGAAGGGAGACAACCAGAAUGACUCCUGGAUCUUUGCUUUGGCGAUACUACUGAGCAGCACCUUUGUAUACAAUAGCAUGGGAACCAUCAACCAGCAGGCCAUGGACCAACUGCACUAUGUGACUGAGCUGACAGAUCGAAUCAGGGCAAAAUCCUCACCUGGAAAUAGUGAAGUUGAUGACUCAGCUAACUUUGUGAGCUUCUUUCCAGCCUUCGUGUGGACUCUGAGAGAUUUCUCCCUGGAGCUGGAAGCAAAUGGACAACCCAUCACUGCUGAUGAGUACCUGGAGCUUUCACUGAAGUUAAAAAAAGGUACUGAUCAAAAAACUAAAAGUUUUAAUGAGCCUCGAUUAUGCAUCCGAAAGUUCUUCCCCCAAAAGAAGUGCUUCAUCUUUGACCGGCCCGCUCAGAGGAAAAACCUUAUCCGCCUUGAGCAGCUACAGGAGGGAGAGCUGAACCCUGAGUUCGUAGAACAAGCUGCAGAGUUCUGCUCCUACAUCUUCAGUAAUUCCAAACCCAAGACUCUUUCAGGUGGCAUCACAGUCAAUGGACCUCGUCUGGAGAGCUUGGUGCUGACCUAUGUCAAUGUCAUCAGCAGUGGGGAUCUGCCCUGCAUGGAGGACACAGUCCUGGCCUUGGCCCAGAUAGAGAACUCGGCUGCAGUGCAAAAGGCCAUUGCCCACUAUGACAAGCAGAUGAGCCAGAAGGUGCAGCUGCCCACGGAAGCCCACCAGGAGCUGCUGGCCCUGCACAGGGCCAGUGAGAGGCGGGCCAUCGAGGUCUUCAUGAAGAGCUCCUUCAAGGAUGUGGACCAAAAAUUCCUGAAGGAUUUGCAGAUCCAGCUAGAAGCAAAACAGAAGAACUUUUGUAAGCAGAAUCUGCAGGCAUCAUCGGAUCGUUGCUCAGCUUUACUUCAGGAUAUUUUCAGUCCUCUAGAAGAAGAAGUGAAUCAAGGGAUUUAUUCUAAACCUGGAGGAUAUCGUCUCUACAUUCUAAAGAUGGAAAGGCUGAAGAAAAAUUACUAUCAGAAGCCCAGGAAGGGAAUAGAGGCUGACAAAACUCUGCAGAAAUAUUUAAUGUCCAAGGAGUCUGUGAGUGAUGCAAUUCUACAGACAGACCUGACUCUCACAGCAAAGGAAAAGGAGUUGAAAGAGGCACGCUUGAAAGCAGAGGCUGCACAGGCUGAAGCACGAAGGUUGGAGGAGAUUGAAAGGCAGAAUCAGCUAAUGAUGGAGCAGAGGGAGAGACUCCACCAGGAGCAAGUGAGACAGAUGGAGAGGGACAGAGCAAACUGGCUGGCAGAGCAACAGAGGGCCCAGGAGCGUAAAAUCCAGGAAGAAGUCGAAAAGCUCAAAGAAACUUUUCAAGCUGAAAACAGAAGGCUUCAAAAUGAGUUACAACAUCUUCACAGGACUGCUAAUUCACCAGAUGAUAUAUGUAUCUUACUAUAAAGAGCUAACCAUCAAGCGCUUCCUUUUCUUGCUCACUCUCACUGACAGCACAACUAGCCUGAGGAACUAUAGAACCUGGGAUGAUUACCAUCUAUGUAAGCUUCAUAAUUACUAUAUUAAGAGUUUGUAUAAAGUUAUAAAGUUAUGAUGAUGUUAAUUGGUAAAAUGUGCAUCUUAACAGUCCAAUAGUUAAAAGGAUGCUCACUUCUUUAAGGAGAUUAUAAAUUGUAUAAUAGAAAACAUUUUACCAGUACCUCAAUUUUGGGGUGAUAUUGGGCAUGUUCCAUCAGAGGGAACUUUCUCUUCCACCCAAAUGCCACAUCUCUAGUUUUCCACAUCUGUCUCAAAAUAUUGCAAUUGACCUGUGGGUAUUAUCCACAUGACUAAGUCAAACGGAAGUUGACCAAAUUCUUAGGCUUUGUUAGGGGUCACUCCUGGCAAGUUGUCAUUUGCUGGAUACCAGCGGAUGGAGGAGCCAAUGUAAAGACAACUAACCUAGCUCCAUAGUUGAGUGAGACAAUGUACAGUUCUCAACUGGGUGGAGGUUGCUCAGUCUAUGGUCAGUGGCGUGACACUUGGGCACUGUCAAAAGACAGUUUGCAUGGAGCAAGAUGAAAGCAAAUAACCUUAUAAAAUCUAGAUCCUCCAGAACAUGGAAGGUGCUAUCAGCAUGGAGUUGAAGAUGUAUCAUAGGCUGAAGGACUAAAGGAGAAAUCUUUUCCUUCUUGUUCACCUUCACCCAAAACACAACUUAAAUCGUAUAUUUUAGAACUUGAAACAGUUGACACGGGACUAUAUAAUUGUAUAUUGCAUGUUUAUGGUCCUUAUAGCUUAUAAAUGCAAGUAUAAGUGAUAUUAGAUACAGAGCCAAAAAUCUGAUGAGGCUAAUGUAAUUUUAUGCUCAAUUAUAGUUCUAAAGUUAAAUGAUCUCAAUUCUUGGCAGUCAUAUUUGAAACCCUGCUGGUGUUUCCUAAAAACAUUAUAGAUUGAAUAAAAUUAUCUAUGUGCACAUA